GUUAGUAAUCUUUAUUCUGAUUAGAGUGCGAAAAUCGAGGCAAAAGGGAGAAUAAUACGUCCUUUUUCGGCUCGAAGUAAUUUACAGUUUUGAUAAAAAUCGUAUCUGAAACAUAAUUGUCUCAGAAUUUCCCAAACAAAGGACCAUUAAGCUUGAAGACACUUUCACAAAGUGUUCCCGCCAUUGCAGAAGCCGAGUGUGUCUGACGGGCAACGUGAACUGUGAUUCAUGGAUGAAUGAAAACAUGGUGGCUGUCAUCUCGUGAACAUUCUGUGUUCUAAAAUUCCUUCCACCGUUUGACUUAUUCAAGAUGGCCGGAAAACCAGCACAAGUGAACACCUUAUUGCAAUAUAGGUUUGUAAAGAAACCGGAGAACAGACUUUCGCACAGCGGAGAAUCGAAUGGUUCCGAUUCGGCAGAUGAAGAAAUCAACAAUGGAAUUGCUAGAACGGCAUCUCAGGAAAGCACGCAAGAGUAUGUGUACAGUCCACCAAGCACAACCACCGUACCAGAAUCUCCUAUGGCAGGUUCAAGCUUCCCAAGUAGUCCGACUUCUCCUGUGUUUGUGUCAAGGAAAGUGAUUCGACCCUUGUCAGUUGAAUCAGACGAGUCUCAGGACAUAGGCAGCUCUACAUCGCUGUCUAAACAACAGGGGAAACAGAAUCAUAUUGCCAAUGGGUCUUCUAGCAAAGACAAACUGAAAAAAUUUCGGAGACUCAAAGCUAUGUCUGAAAGUGACUCGGAUGAUGCUGCCCCUGCUGUGUCUAGACACUCGCCAAAAGAGGAAGACACACGCAGUCGCAUUGAGAAGAUCAACCACCUGAAGAGCAUGUUUCCCAUCCGAGCCAGUAGCCAGCUUGGUGAUGCUGUGGACCUGUUUGAUGGAAAUGUUGACCAGAUAGUCACCUCCCUAAUGAAUGGAAAGUUUGACAGGGAAUUGGUUGACAGAAAACGAAAGCGGAGUUGUGAGGAGAGUUCCCCACCUCUUGAAGGACGCCAGUUUAAGCGUAUCCGUAUAAUGCAGAGUAGUGACAGUAUAGAAACUGUAUCUCCAAACAGCUCCCAGUCCACUCAGCUCGACUCACAAACACAGGAUCAGAGGCUUGGCCUAUUACUGGAGGCAUUCCCCGACAAGCCUAAUGAGGUGUUACUGAAAGCCCUUGAGGACCACAAUUGGUCUGCAGAAGACGCCAUGCUUGCUUUGUCAUCGGGAGUGCAAAAUGGGAAUGAUUCCAAAACCAAGAAAAAAGAGAAAAAGAAAGUAUCCAGAAGGGAGGAAGAUCUGUCAGAUGAAGACGAUGAUUAUCUCGAUGAUGGCUGGGACAGUGAUGACAGCAUGGAGGAGGAGGAAGCAAUGGGCCAGACUGAGAUGAUCCUGUCAUUCUUCGAGGAGGCCACAGUGGAAGAGCUGACGACUGUCCCGGGAUGUUCCCGGAAGAAGGCGGAACUGAUCGUCACACAACGGCCAUUCAGCAGCUGGGACAGUCUGGUGCAGAAGUUUGAGUCGACCAAGUCCCUGUCCUACAACCUGAUCAGUGGCUGCAAGGAGACCAUCCAUGUCCGAACUAUCGUCACAAAACUGAUGAAGAGAUGUGAGAAGAUUGCGGAGGAGAUGGAGUCUGUUGUGUCCAGCUUGACCGACCCUUCUGCCACCGGGGUCGAGACGGACAGAAUCACCAAACAGCCAGAUCUCCUCAGUAAAACGUUUGAACUGAAGCCAUAUCAGAUGAUCGGACUGAACUGGCUACGUAUCAUGCAUUCUCAAGAACUGAAUGGGAUCCUUGCUGAUGAAAUGGGUUUAGGGAAGACCAUUCAGGCUAUUGCAUUCCUCACCCAUCUCAUAGAGCAGGGUGACACUGGACCCCAUGUCAUCAUCGUACCUUCAUCAACAAUAGAUAACUGGUUACGCGAGGCCAGGAACUGGUGCCCAUCAAUGAAGGUCAUCAUGUACUAUGGCAGUCAGGAUGAACGCCGAAUAGUCCGGCAUCGGAUUCUCAUGGAUGGAAAGAGAAACUUCAAUGUUUUACUCACAACGUACACGAUAGCCACAGGGUCGGUGGAAGACCGGUCUCUCUUCAAGAAAUGUAACUUCCACUACGCUGUGUUUGAUGAAGGGCACAUGCUGAAGAACAUGGCCUCUCUACGCUUCCAGAAUCUGAUGAAGAUAAGGGCUGAACGCCGCCUCUUGCUGACCGGAACCCCACUGCAGAACAACCUGGUAGAACUCAUGUCAUUGCUCUGUUUUGUCAUGCCAGAGCUCUUUAUUGGAAAAACAGAACCAUUGAAAAGGAUUUUUGCUAUGAUCAGUAGAGAUGACAGUCAGGGGCGUUACGAGAAAACUAGAAUAGCACAAGCUAAGAGGAUCAUGAAGCCUUUUCUACUGAGAAGACUCAAAAGUGAAGUUCUGAAGCAGCUGCCCGCCAAGACAGAGGAGGUAGUCCGGUGUCCGAUGAUCCCCGACCAGCAGGAGCUGUAUGAGUCACUGAUUGGCCAAUACGCCCGCCAGAUGGACAACAGUGACAGUCCAAAUGGUGGCAUGUCCAUGUUCAUGCAGCUCCGCAAGGUGGCCAACCACCCACUGCUGGUGCGCAACCACUACACAGACGAGAAGCUUAUAGCCAUGUCCAAACAGAUUGCCAAGGAACCCUCCCACAGAGACCGAGGAGCUCUGCCCCACCUUAUACAGGAAGACAUGGCUGUACUGAACGACUUUGAUAUAAAUAAUCUCUGUCAACAAUACAAGAAAUAUAUAGGUUCCUUUGCAUUAGACAUCAAUCUGAUCAGUGAGUCUGGGAAGUUCCGGAUGCUGGAUGACCUGCUGGAGAAGUAUGAGAAUCAGGGUGACCGAGUGUUAUUGUUUAGUCAGUUUGUGAUGAUGCUGGACAUCAUGGUGCCCUACCUGAAGGAGAAGGGGAUACGGUUCCUGAGACUAGAUGGAGGUACACCAGUUCCAGAGAGACAAAAGUUGAUAGACGAGUUUAACAACGACCCUGAGAUCAUGGUGUUCCUGCUGUCAACACGGGCGGGCGGACUGGGCAUCAACCUGACGGCAGCCAACGUGGUUAUACUACACGAUAUAGACUUUAACCCUUACAAUGACAAGCAGGCAGAGGAUAGAUGUCACAGGCUGGGACAGACGAGGAGCGUGAAGAUUGUGCGCCUGUUGUGUCGGGACACCGUGGAGGAGGGCAUGUUCCGAUGUGCCCAGGAGAAACUCAAGCUGGAGAGAGACGUCACCAAGUCAGAUAAAGGUGAGAAUGAAGAGGAUACAAGUGAUGUGGUGUCCCUACUGAAACAGGCAUUCGCUGAGUACAAGAAGAAGACCUCAUGACACCGUCACAUCGUAGAUCAUUGUUCAUCACAUCACCAGUCAUCAGCAUCUCGUGCAUUUCACUAUCGGAACGUGCUAUGUCAUGUAUGAGCUUUCAUCAGUGUGUGCAGCAUUUCAGAGUUGCCAUCCAGGCUUUAUCCAGAACUUCCCUAAAGUCUCUAUUUAUUGAUUCGGUUCAGGGGAUUCCUAUAGAUUCGGUAAACCGCGGUUUUUCGAAACGUCACUGAUCACUGCUACGGUCAACCUUUUUUACAAGCGGCAAAUGAAGUUGUAUAUAUGUAUCUCUGAAUGUAAUGCAGUCACUAUGAUGGUAGUACUGUGUACUGAAUCAGUUAAUGAAAAUGAAAAAAACCCAAAAAGUGAAAUGAUGGUAUUUGGAUAUGUUUCUUAUCUCACAAACAAACAAACAAGCAAACAAACAUAUCUCACCUUGCAUGCCCCGGGAAGGCACCAUCAGGUAAUCUCCAUUCUGUACUCUCUCUAGUCGUAGAAGCGACUUACUUGAUCUGUGGUGAGGAUUGGUGAUGUGAUAGGUAUUAUGUCAUCAUACCCCAAUCGUUGCUCAUGAUAUCACCCCCUGGAUUGUCUUGUUCAGGCUGCUCAUAUAAAUGGAAUAUUGCUAAGUAUAGCAUUAAAUAUAAAUGACCAACACACAUAUGCACACCUUUCUUUAACAGUUGAGGUCAAUAUGUCUGUGUGAUGUUUUAUAUUUCACAUGAUAGUUUAGUUUAAACUUAACAUUAUCAGUUAUAUUUUUCUAAAAUUCUGAAACCCGACAGAUUGUUAUUCAUUGUGCCAUGUGACAUCUUUACACUCCAAAAUGAAUUCAUUGUCAUACAAUUAACCUAAGUAAGUAAGUAAGUAAGUAAGUCAUAAGUGAUGACAGUGUUAUCAACUCCACAAGGGAAUUCCUGAAUAGAGCCAUUUUCAAAUGUUGUUUUGUGUGAGGCUACAGCAGUGUUUAUUCUUUUCUCAAGUCGUCUUUGCUUCUCAAAGUCAGUCAUUUGUAUACUGUGUUCAUAUUUCGUCUGCAGAAAUAAGACUGCAGAAAUAAGAUGUGAUUUUGUUCAGUUUUGAAAACUGAGUCUUGUCUGUGUAAUUGAUUUUUGAUGGGUUAGAAAAUACACAUCUCUUUGACAUGUGAAUGUUCCUAGUUGUCACCAAGAUUGAAAACUACUUUAAUGAUGUAUUAGCAUCAUGAGGGUAAUACACAAUGGUUAAUUAUUGAGAAUACAGGCUAAUUUUUACUCUUUAAGUUACUCUAACACUAUUCUUGGAAAAUAGACAGUUAUGUUUUACGGGAAACUUUUUAUGAAGUUCGUAUAUUUUGGCCAGGCCCUUUUUCCUGACAGCACAGCCCUAAUACAUGUAUGUGCCAUAGUUGAAAACAAUUUAUAAUUUGUGGUUUGAAGGAAAUUAUAAUGACAGUAUUUUUUACAUCAUUAUCUCUGUAUGUUUGUUCCUCCCAGGUGAGGGGUGGACAUUUGCCUAUAAUUGACCCUGACGAGAUUGCUUUGAUCAAUUUGACAUGCUAGCCAAUCUUGGAACAAUGACUUGGCCAGUGGUAUCGAGCUGUAAAAUGAAGGCUUACACCUUCCUCAUGUGUUAGUAGAUUUAUCACUAAUUUUGGUUGUUAUGGGAUAAGAUUUGGUCUGGCAUGAAGACAAAUACUACUUUACUCUUAUCUCAUUUUGUAUUAAACCGAGGGUAAUGUCUUCAUAAGAUCAAAAAUGCAUUAUAUCACUAUAGGGAAUAUCUGUGAUAAUAUAGGGUACAUGGAU